CUUAGAAAAUGACCAGAACCUGCUGGGACCUGAACCAGAGAUGAGAUUUUUAUGACACAGUGUUGUCUGCAUCUCCAUAAGAAGUCAGAAGUGUCAGAAAACAGUCUCCAGGUCUAAGUUGCUGAGUCAAGAGUGGAUUGAUCCGACUGUAGGAAACGCCUUUGAGAAGCAGAUUCCUCACCAUUUCUGUGGAAAUUGGGUAGACGGAACCCUAUGGAUGACCUGACUGUCAUGGCGCCUGAAGACCUUGAUUCCGAGGACAAGGAGGUGUUAAGCUGGGAUAUUAACGAUAUGAAACUGCCACAGAAUGUGAAAAAGACUGACUGGUUCCAGGAAUGGCCCGACUCCUACGAGAAGCACAUCUACAGCUCAGAGGACAGGAACGCACAGCGGCACCUGAGCAGCUGGGCCAUGCGCAACACCAACAACCACAACUCCCGCAUCCUCAAAAAGUCCUGCCUGGGCGUGGUGGUGUGCAGCCGUGACUGCUCUGCUGAGGAGGGCCGCAAGAUCUACCUGCGACCCGCCAUCUGCGACAAAGCCCGGCAGAAGCAGCAGAGGAAACGCUGUCCAAACUGCGACGGGCCUCUGAAGCUCAUUCCUUGCCGAGGCCAUGGGGGCUUCCCGGUCACCAACUUCUGGAGGCACGACGGACGCUUCAUAUUCUUCCAGUCAAAGGGAGAGCACGAUCAUCCAAAACCAGAAACCAAAUUGGAAGCCGAGGCAAGAAGAACAAUGAAAAAAGCACAUGCAGCGGCAUCUGCCUCUGUCCCCUCAAAGCUGAAGGAGAGCCCAGAUACAAAGUCUCUUCCAGGUGAAACCCAAAGUUGGGGAAGUUUUCCUUUAACUUGGUCUUUCCAGGAGGGCGUCCAGUUGCCCGGUAGUUACAAUGGACGUUUAAUAGCUAACACUCCCCAGCAGAAGUCUCUGAAUGAUUGCUUGUUCUUCUCCAAGAGCUGUUGCUUGGGGGGAACCACUGACCUGGCAGACCCCACUUCCACCUUGGGCCCCACUAAGCUCUAUGACAAAUGCAAACUGUCCAGUAGUUGGAUCUGUAAUGGUGGGGACCUGCUUCAUCCUGUUUCCGGAGUCUUCUCUGACUACGGUGAUCGGCAAACAUGGAAUAUAAAUACUGCCUUGGGGAGACAGUCUCUUAAUGACAACUGUUGUCCCAGUUAUCCUUUCCCUCUGACCAGCUGGCCUUAUGACUUCUCCCCUUCCCAGAGCUCUGCAGAACCCUUUCCCCAGCAGAUUCCAGUGGAACCGCCUGUGGCCGAAAGUAGCUGUCGCCCAUUAUGGCCUAAUCCAGGGGGUGAGCUUUAUGAAGAGAGGCUGCAUGUGGAUUUUAACAGCUGCUGCCCUUCCUCCACAUGCCACUCACCUCAGGAAGACCCCUUUCUCCUUACCUACGCCUCCCAUCCCCACCAUCAAUACUCAUUGACAGGCAAGAGCAGCAAAUGGGAUUUUGAUGAAGACAUGAGGGGCGUGGGUUUGGAUCAUUACAGCAAUGAGAUGCUUCUCAACCUCUGUCCUUUAAGAUGAUCCAAACUGAAAACCUUGUACCCUAUUAGCAGGACUACAAUUUAGUGCAGACUCUCUGGAAAACAGUAUGGAAGGUUCCUUAGAAAACUCAAAAGUAGAACUACCUGCACUCCCGUGGUCAUUGCAGCAGCAUUCACAAUAGCCAAAGUAUGGAAACAGCCUAAGUGUCCAUCAGCAGAGGAAUGGAUAAAGAAAAUAUGGUGUGUGGUAUAUAUUUAUAUAUAUAUAUAUAUAUACACACACACACACACACACGCAUAUACAGUGGACUAGAUUACUCAGCCUCACAAAAGUGAGGAAAUCCUACCAUUUGCGACAACAUGGAUGGACCUUGAGAACAUUAUGUUAAGUGAAAUAAGUCAGACAGAAAAAGACAAAUACUGUGAACUCAUUUACAUGUGGAAUCUAAAAAAAACCCAGACUCAUAAAAACAGAUCAGAUUGGGGUUGCCAGAGGUUACUGGGGCAGGGCGGGAGUCAUGGUGGGGAAUUGGGUGAAGGCAAUCAAAAGAUAACGAAACUUCCAGUUUUAAGAUAAAUGUACAUUUAUGUAAUUUUGGAAGCUGUAAUGUACAACAUGAUGACUCUGGUUAGCAAUAUUGUAUUGCAUGUUGGGAAGUUGCUGAGAGAGUAGAUCUUAAAUGUUCCUACAAUGGGGAAAAAUGUGUAAUUAUGUGAAGCAAUGGAUAUUAACUUACUGUGGUAAAAAAAUUUGGCAGUAAAUACAUAUAUCGGGUCAUUAUGUUUUACAUCUUAAACUUACACAAUGUUAUAUGUUAAUUAUAUCAAUAAAACUGGAAGAAAAAAAAGAUUACCCAGAUUUUUUAUAACCAUUCAAAAAAACUGUUUUAAGAAAUGGCUGAAAAAAUUUCUUUGGGCAAGAGCUUUCAGAACAUAACCACAGGUAAAUCAGAACCAACUGCAACUGUAAAUCUGCAACAAGCAGAAGGCAAGACUUCCUCACACAAGUAAUUUGGGUCUUCUCCUAUUCCAGUCCUCUCAUCCUUAGCGAGGAAUGGAAACUUGUCUGGUCUGUGGUGAGAAAUGUCCUCUGCUUUUUCUUCCCCCUCGUUAUUUGGUGGUGGUGGGGGUCCUCAGCAUCUCCACUGCAUUAUCUGUUACAUUGCCCUUGAAUCCUAUCAAACAGCAGAGAUGGGAAGAGCCCACCUACCUAGGAUCUCACCUCUGCCUUCUGGGAAGCUGAAGCUGACGCUGAAGCAACAGGGAUAAAGGGUAAAAGAGCUUCACAGGUGUAGAAAGAUGAAGAUUCCACCACAGAGGGGUUUAAUGCAUUGCCUAGUAUUAAACCUGUGGGGUUGAUUCGUGAACUCUGCACUUUCUGGUUGAUUUCUAAGACUUGUCAAGACAAGGAAUAUGACCUGAUUCCAUCUAAGACAAAGACCAAGACUAAAUGGCUGCAGGAGGAGAAAAUCCCAUCGUGCCAAAUGGCUUCCUGCUCUUCCUUCUCACUUUCCUUCAUGGCCUUCCCCUUCCAUGAAGGCUUAGACUCUUAUCCCAUUUAACUUUGUUUUUAUAGUGGCUAAAUCAGUGCCAAGUUCCUAAUAGGAGCUUGAGAAAUGUUAGCUCAGAAAAGUCCUUGCGUAAUGAAUGUGGCCAUGGUUGGCCAGCCAUGUUUGAAUGCCAGUUCUUUGCUAAAGUACUUGACAAUAAAAGAUGACCCUAGACAUAAAAUCUGGAAAGAACUGUGCAAUAA